UGUGAGCUAGUUCCUCAAAGGCAGGCAUUCUUUUUCCUUUUCCUUCUCUCCUGAGCGCUCCUGCAGUUCCUGGGGCGUAGUAGGGGAUGCACAAACGUUUGUGACCAGUGAAGUUCUUUACAAGGGUGAAAUCUGGACGGGAGGACUCGAGCGAGGGUCUCGGCUUGCCAGGAGGCCGGGGCUCUCCGGGAAGCGUGGAGUUCACCCGCGCACUCGAAGUGCCUUUGCAAAGUGAUCCACGGGAGGGAGGAGCGGUCCCCGAGCUGGGCGAGGCCUGGGGCCCAGUGCGUCCACAGCGGAGGGUGACGGGAGCUGCCUGUGCUGGAGGAAUCACUUUUUGGGCGCUUGUUUUGGACCAUUGCACAAACCCGGGUGCAAACCCCAAGCUCACCAGCGUGAGUCAGCUGGGCCAGCAGCAGGGAGAGGGGAGGGUGGGCGAGGAGGGCGCCGCGCACCCCGAGGCCCGGGUGGGCGGCGGCAAGAUCCUGGCGGAGGCUUUGGAUAGCCCCGGCAGCGACCCCUUCCCCAGCCCGACAGGUGAGCGCCAGGCCAGCUGCGGGGUUGAGCCCGCCGUGCCCACCAGCCACCCUACCCGGCGCUACGACCACCGCGCAGCAUCUUGGGAGGCCAAGACAAGAGGACUGCUUGAGCCCAGGAGUCUGAGACCAGCCACGGCAUCAUAAUUCUAUCUGGGUGUUGGCACCCAGCCACUAUUCUGCCAAUGAAGUACAUCCUGGUCACGGGUGGGGUCAUCUCAGGCAUUGGUAAAGGGAUCAUUGCCAGCAGCAUUGGGACGAUUCUAAAAUCAUGUGGACUCCGAGUUACUGCCAUCAAAAUCGACCCCUAUAUUAACAUCGAUGCUGGCACUUUUUCACCUUAUGAACACGGUGAAGUCUUCGUCUUAAAUGAUGGUGGAGAAGUUGAUUUAGACCUUGGAAAUUAUGAAAGAUUUUUGGAUAUUAAUCUUUAUAAAGACAACAAUAUCACCACGGGGAAGAUAUAUCAGCAUGUGAUCAACAAAGAGAGGCGUGGCGAUUACCUGGGGAAAACAGUGCAAGUUGUUCCUCACAUUACUGAUGCUGUCCAGGAGUGGGUUAUGAACCAAGCCAAGGUGCCGGUGGAUGGUAAUAAGGAAGAGCCCCAAAUAUGCGUUAUUGAGCUGGGGGGCACCAUUGGAGACAUCGAAGGAAUGCCAUUUGUGGAAGCGUUUAGACAAUUCCAGUUUAAGGCGAAAAGAGAGAAUUUCUGUAAUAUCCAUGUUAGCCUUGUCCCACAGCUCAGUGCUACCGGAGAACAAAAAACCAAACCCACCCAAAACAGUGUCCGCGCGCUGAGGGGGUUAGGCCUGUCUCCAGAUUUGAUUGUCUGCCGAAGUUCAACGCCCAUCGAGAUGGCCGUGAAGGAGAAGAUUUCUAUGUUUUGUCACGUGAACCCUGAACAGGUCAUAUGUAUCCAUGAUGUUUUUUCCACAUACCGAGUUCCUGUGCUUUUGGAGGAACAAGGCAUUGUCAAAUAUUUUAAGGAGAGAUUGCACCUGCCCAUUGGUGAUUCUGCAAGUAAUUUGCUUUUAAAGUGGAGAAAUAUGGCUGACAGGUAAGCAAAAGG